CCACGAUCUCAUUCUCACUCUCUCUCUAUCUCUCUCUUCUUGUUUAUGUCCGUUACAGCUCCGAUGCACGGCCGCACCAGCGUACGCGUCGUGGUUGUCGGCGACCGUGGCACCGGAAAAUCGAGCCUCAUCGCGGCCGCUGCCUCCGAAAGUUUUCUGGAAACCGUGAAGCCCGUUCUGCCACCGACUCGACUCCCUGCCGAUUUCUACCCCGAAGGCGUUCCCGUCACAAUCAUCGAUACUGCAUCCAGUUUGGAGAGUAAAGGUAAGCUCGCUGAAGAAUUAAAGCGAGCCGAUGCGGUGGUGCUAACCUAUGCAUGCGAUCAGCCUGCAACGCUUAAUCGUCUUAAUACUUUCUGGCUUCACGAGCUUCGUCGAUUAGAAGUAUGCAUCUUGAAAUUUGAACGGCUAAACGAUAUGUUCUGA